AUGAAUGGCUCCCACGGCCAUAAGAGCUGCAUAGUCAUUGGUGCUGGUGGUGUUGGUGUUAUCACCGCUUAUUCGCUGUUCAAAGCUCAAAAAUGCCAGGUUUCGCUUAUAGUACGUUCCGACUACGAUCAUGUCGUUCAAGAGGGAUACAAUAUUGAUUCCUGCGACUACGGUGCCGUCAAGGAAUGGAAGCCCCAUUACGCAUACCGUAAUACACAAGACGCUGCGGCCGGGGACCGGUUUUUCGACUACAUCGUCGUAACGACCAAGAACAUCCCAGAUGGUGCAGCUGAAAACACGGUUAGCCAAGUGAUCAGGCCAUUGGUUGAGUCCAAUGCGCGAAUCGACUCCACAAGAGUCACUUGUGUUGUUUUGGUUCAAAACGGUAUCGAUAUUGAAAAAGAGCUGCAAGAAGAGUUUGACCAUCCCCUCGCCCUGGUCUCCGGUGUCCAAUUAAUUGCCUCAACGAAAUUGGCACCCGGUAUCGUUCACCAGAAGGGCAAGGAUCAUCUUAUUGUCGGCGCUUUCGAUGCAAUGGAUGCCCACGCCGUCGCUGGCGCGCGGGAGUUUGUUGAAAUGUACCGUAAUGAGGGCCAAAACCAUGUCGAAUUCGACGCCUCGACCCGGUUUACCAGAUGGAAAAAGCUGUUAUACAAUGCCGCAAUCAAUACUACGACUGCACUAGUGGAACUAGACGUCCCCAGGUGUCUUGAAUUUGCACAGGGCUCACUGGGUACCGAGCAUACACUGUUUCGUCCUGCGAUGCAAGAGAUCGUCGCCAUUGCAGCAAGCGAGGGCAUCACUCUCGGGGAACAGCUGAUCGAUUUCUUCGUUGAGAUCACACGAAACUUGGUCUACAAACCUUCCAUGUGCGUAGACCACGAGAAGGGACAACUCAUGGAAAUCGAAGUGAUUGUGGGUAACCCUUUACGCAUUGCACAACGGAAUGGUGUCCCCACACCCACGUUAAAUGUCAUCUACACCUUGAUCAAAAUGUUGCAAUCGAAAACAAAGGAGGCACAGGGAUUGCUGAAGUUUGAUGAAAAGACGGCGCGCCUGGCUCAAUAA